AUGCUCAAAAAGAAAUCUCUCGCUCCGGCCUUCUUUUGGAACUUCUCCCCAUCCACCACCCCCGAACUCUCUCCCACCUCGUCGGACAGUGACUCCGACGAGGAUAUGGAAUCGUCCGGCUCCCGGCCGCGGGAGCCUUUUUGUCCCAUGCGUCCCACCCUCAAAGAAGUGCUGGCCAACACCGCCGCUCCCCCGUAUACGUUAUCGGCCUUCAUGGCCUACCUGUCACAAAAUCACUGUCUCGAAACACUGGAGUUCACCAUGGAGGCCAGCCGCUACCGGGAGACCUACCACACCCUUUCGUCGCGUUUCGGCCCUGAAGUCUUGACCCGGCCGGACUCGCGGGAAUCACAACAUCUCCUCAUGCUCUGGCAGCGAUUGAUGACGGCUUAUAUCUUGCCCGGUGCGCCUCGGGAAGUGAAUCUGUCCAGUGAGGUUAGGGACGCUCUACUUCAACAUGGCAAUGUCACCCUCCCACCGGCUCCCGAAACCCUCGAUUCAGCGGUGCAGCGGAUCCAUGACUUGAUGGAGGAAUCGAUCUUCUUGCCCUUCCUCAACAGCCAAGCGGUCUCCCCGUCCGUGGAGGCUCAGGCCGAUUCACCCAUCAGCCCCGACGACGUCAUGGACCUCUCCAACAUAUCUUGUGACGAUCACUCCAUGAAGUAUUUCCGUUCUCGAACGAAACGCAUCUCGCCGCAAUCUUCCACAAAGGACUUGUCCACGACUGCCGGCCGCUCCAGUAGUUCCUUCAGCGCGAUGCAGGCAUUGGGAAAACGCGCGUCGGGGGCUCUCUUAAGUCCAUCUGGAGAUUCCUACACGCCGUCGCUCACGGACGAUUCGAUCUCCCAGUCCAGCCCAACCACCGAGGAGCCUAUGACGCCUCCCACCACGCCUCCUGCGAGCGAUCUCAACCAGCCUAUCUCCAGUCCCAAAUAUCGGACCGAGAACCCGUGGAAGAAGAUGGGUCUGAAGUUGGGAUUCAAGAAACGAUCCGGAGGAAGCAACGGCAAUUCCCGGGAUCCGAAAAUCUUGAGCAUCGAUGAUUAA